GCCAUGUUAGUUUAGGCCCUUGUCCGGAGAACGCAGGAAGGAAUAAGCGGAAGAAUCUUCAACCCCCCCCCGGGCGCCAACAAUCCGCAUCCAUCCGGCGGGAGAGUCACCAUGAGCGGCGGGACGCCGUACAUCGGCAGCAAGAUCAGCCUCAUCUCCAAGGCGGAGAUCCGGUAUGAGGGCAUCCUGUACACCAUCGACACCGAGAACUCCACCGUGGCCUUGGCCAAAGUCCGGUCCUUUGGAACAGAAGAUCGACCCACAGAGCGGCCGGUUCCUCCUCGAGAUGAAGUGUUUGAAUAUAUCAUAUUCCGGGGGAGCGACAUCAAGGACCUCACUGUGUGUGAACCCCCCAAACCUCAGUGCUCCUUGCCUCAAGACCCUGCAAUAGUCCAGUCCUCUCUAGGAUCCAGUACUUCAGCGUCGUUGAGCGGUGUGAACUCCUACGCCCCGUUCAGCAGGAUGCCGGCAUAUAACCAGUUUAACGCCAAUCCUCUGGUGGCCCAGCAGUUUGGAUCGGUUGGAGUCGGAAACUCUUUGAGCUCCGUAGGUGCUGGCGGUACAACCGGUGCUUCUCUACCCCUGGCUAGCAGUGACGGCUCUUCAUUUAAUCACGAAACGAGAAAAAUGCAGUCCUCUCAAGGGCGAACAACCCCUUUGGUAGAUUCUUUGCGGAAGAGCCCAACACUAGAACAAGGCGUCCAAACUGCAUCCAUUGCCCAGGCACCAGGGGCGGUGGGUAGAAGAAGUCCUUUAAGUUCUAGAGCUUUGCCAUCCCUAAGCCAAAGGACAUUGGAUAAUUCAGAGCAAAGAAAAGCUGAUGCACACAAAUCCUCAAGGCCUGACACAGACCUGCUCAGGAACGACAGACAGGACCCCAACAAGAGACAAGCUGCUCUUGGUGGACCUCAGCCCAGGAGAGGUCGUGGUGGUCACCGAGGGGGCCGUGGAAGGUAUAAUGUAAGAAGAGACGGCCCUAUGAAGUUUGAAAAAGACUUUGACUUUGAAAGUGCUAAUGCACAGUUCAACAAAGAAGAAAUCGACAAGGAAUUUCACAAUAAGUUAAAAAUAAAAGACGACAAACCAGAAAAACCAGAGAAGCCAGUGAAUGGGGAAGAUAAAGCAGACUCUGGGGUGGACACUCAGAACAGUGAAGGAAACGCCGAGGAGGAGGAAGUGCCGACGAGCUGUUACUACGACAAAACCAAAUCUUUCUUCGACAACAUCUCCUGUGAUGAUAACCGAGACCGAAGAUCAACAUGGGCAGAAGAAAGGAGGCUUAACGCAGAGACAUUUGGACUUCCUUUGCGUUCAAACAGAGGGCGUGGGGGUUACCGAGGUAGAGGCGGUGGAGGGGGUAUGGGUUUCCGUGGAGGCAGAGGCCGUGGAGGUGAAAGGAGAGGCCCCCCUCCAGGAAGCAACUUUGGGGCUCCCCGAGGAUAUCGUGGUGGAUUCAGCAGAGGACGUGGAGGACGAGAAUUUUCAGACUAUGAAUACAGGAAAGACAACAAGGUGGCCGCCUAGUCGAGAACGGAGGGUGUGCGUUUUUUUUUUUUUUAAAGUUUUUGGUCACACUCUGGAAAACUUGUUUUCAGUCUUUGGUGAAGAAUGACGUUUCUUGCUGUAUAUCUUGUCACCAGCACUGGGGGAGGUGGGGGUCGGAUGCUUCACGGCGCUUCUUCAGUGCAGUGGGGCCCUGCCGGAAAUUAUCCUUUUUUUUUUUCCUUAAUUUUUAUAUUCGGAGGUCCCUGCAACACUAAAGGACGGGUGGCAGAGAAAAAAAAACAGUCGUUAAGUUGGUUCAGCAUGAUCUCUUUGCAGUAGAAGACUGAAGUCAUUUGGGUAUGAAUAUUCUGACGCAUUUUUACGAAGUACUGUUUCCUUGCUGCGAGAAUAGUUCAAUCUCUGAGCUCUGAUGCCCUGAAGGGUCCUAUUGUGUUUUUUUUUUUUGUUUUUUUUAUAUAUAUUGUUUAAAAGGGUGCGUGACCCCCUCCACCCCUUCUCCAGAUAGCAGCACAUUUAGUUGGAAAAAGAGAACAAUCUUACUUCAGUUCCUUAGGCGAAGGACACUUUUUUUUAUAUUGUCGUAAGAUUGAGUUUAUCCCACUGCCAAAGAGCCCCCCCCCCCCCCGAGCUUUGUAUAGGUGUAAAAACAAAAACCUUUGUACCCAGAGUCUAAUGGCUUGUACGAGACCACCUCACAACUUUCUUCUACAUGAAGCUUCCAUUAGAUGUAAGUUUUUUUAUUUUUUAUUUUUUUUUCCCCUUUAAAGGCAGUAUAAAUGCGUAUUUUGAAAGUGUCGCAACGUUAAACUUUACCAGUUUUGGAACUUUUAACUCAUUGUGCACAGAAUUAGCUUAUGGUGCAGGGGCGGGAGUCAUGUGUCGGGCACUUUAAUUAGGUUUUCUGCAAUGCUUUGAACCUUGUGCCUCUGUCCUUUUUUAUUUUAUUUUUUUUUUUUCACCUUUUCAUCUCUUCUUGGUGUUUUUGUUAUGUCGCUUCCCAUUCACAUUCAGACCCGCGUCUAAACUUCUGAUGGUUGCACUUGGGGGAGCGUAGGUGACUGCUGAUGAAUAGACAAUGCACAGAGGUCUCUUGAUGACCCCCCCCCCCGUUUUGGCUUUUGCAUAAGGGACCAUUGAAGGGGUCGUUCAGGGUUAGGGAACAAGACUGCGGCUUUUCUUCUAGAAACGUCCAUCUGCCCAUGGGUUUAGUGUGUGGUAUUGGCGCUCGGCUCCAUUGAAGCUGUAGUACCAGGCACGCUCUGGAAGAAAGCAGCCAUGUUUUUCCCAAUCCUGGACAACCCUUCUGAACACUGGGCACCAGCUUUCAUGGCGUUAUCAGCACGACCUCUUUUAAAUGAAGGUACAGAUUGAUCUACCUGGAAACAGAUUAAUUUAAGAUUAAAUCUCUUCUGCGCGGCUCAUUAAGUCAGGUGCGAUGGCGACUGGCAGAUCAGCAUGCUGGCUACUGUAAGAUGAUGGUUCUGUGCACAACAUGGCUUCCUCCUCUGCCAAGGCAGCAGGGUUCCCUUUUAAUCGUAGUAAAUGCUUUUGCUUCCCUUUUUGUAAAGAUGUAGUAGUCUGAGGCUGAGGAUUUCCCCUCCGCCUUGGAAUCCCGUUUUUAGAUUUGAGUGAAGGUCUUCAGUCUCUCGGCCUGAGCAGUGACGACCAAACCUGUGGGCGAUAACCGCCGUCAUGUCACAUCCCCCCCCCCCCCCCCAAACUGUACCCAUCGUCAUUGGGUUUUAAGUUAUACACAGGAACACCCAGUCUGUGAAUACUGCAAAAAGGGAUCCAAAGAUGUCAUAGGGUUUUUUUGUUAUGAUUUUAUUUUUAUUUCUUUUCUGGGAAAAUGGACAUUUUGCUCUGCAAAGUUUUUGUGUUGAAGGUUGAGACAAAAUGUUAAAAUUCACUGUGUUUAGGCAAAAAACUGAAGUAUUUGUAAAGUAGCAUCGUCCCACGUCCGUAACUUAUUCCGAUGGCCAAGGCACACGUCACGGUCUGCAAUGUGGUUUUCUCAGCCAGAACUUGAAGGGCUGUUCCCAUCUCAUCAGGAAAUGGUAGCAGUCAUCACUUUGCUUGGGGGGGGGGGGGGUCUGACCUCCGGUACCCCAACCGGUCCCGAGCAUAAAGCGUCCAGGUGCAGUGCUGCAGCCCCUUCACUGUUUUUCCUGUGCACGGCGGCGCCCCAGCCACUCGCUGCGGAGGGAACACAAGCACCACGCUUCUCAAGUGAAUGGGAGUUGCUGCGGUUUCCUGCAUGGCGCCGAUGUGCAGGGAAAGUGACGCAGCGGUAACCCAGGAUUUAUUGGUUGGACCCCCUCCAGUCAUAAAUGUCUAGUAUAUCCUCGCAACAUACAAUCCGUUUGAGAUGGGAACACCCCUUUAAGGAAUUGCUUUAGCGCUCCAUUUACAUGUAGUGUUUCCUUAUACCGCUGAGCAACUUGUUAAUGCUCUUGUUCUCUAGUCACAUCCAGAGCUGCAUUAACAAUAUCACAGGAUGUUAUACAAAGGGAGAUGCUGCCUUUUAACAGCUUAGGCUGAGCUCACAUCACCGUUUAUUUUCCGUUUUUCUGAUUCAUCAGAAUAAAGAAAAAAAAAGAAAAAACGGAUCCUGAGUAUUAGUUAUGCACAUUCCGAAUCUGUUUGAGCCAUUUCCAUCUGAGAUCCGUUAUUUUAUACGGAAAAAAAUGUCCUGCAUGCAGUAUUUAUUUAUUUUUUUCCCGUCUAAAGUAACGGAUCUCAAAUGGAAACGCCAAAUCUGCAUACCUGAUGCUUACUGGUCUGUUCGGAUGGAUCAGGAAAACAGAAAAAUAAAUGGUGAUGUGAACUCGGCCUUAGUUAUAGGCAUUGUCCAGGAGUAGAAAAACAAGGCCGCUUUCUUCAAAAAGCAGCGCCACACCUGUCCUCAGGUUGUGUGUGGUAUUGCAGUUUAAACCAAUUCACUUCAACAGGCCCAACCCAUGGACGGAGUGCGACAUGGUUUCUUUAUUCCAGACCAGGGAUCAGCAACCUUCGGGACUCCAGCUGCUGUGAAACUACAGCUCCCAUCAUGCACACUUUGCUGUUUUUCCAACUCCCAUAGAAGUGAAAGGAAGAUUCUGGGAGUUGUAGUUUCAGAAUAGCUGGCGUUUGCUGAUCCCUUUAAGAUCCUGUUAUGUGCCCCCAUCUCUCCUGCAAGAUGGAAGGUUUGACCCAAUCCCCCUUGCAUCAGACUACUGAACAAGGCAUAUCCUGGUCCGUGCUAACACUGGGGCAGCAGCAAGAUGUCUGAUCCUGCCGCCUCAGUGCAAAUGUGUAGAGGAAUGCAGUGUUUUUUUUUUUGUUUUUUUUUUUUAA